AGGGAGACGGCUGGCGGCGGGGCGACCGCGCACCGGGGCCAUGCCGCGCUCCUUCCUGGUGGACUCGCUGGUGCUGCGCGAGGCAGGCGAGAAGAAGGCCCCGGAGGGCAGCCCGCCGCCGCUCUUUCCCUACGCCGUGCCCCCGCCGCACGCGCUGCACGGCCUCUCGCCCGGCGCCUGCCACGCGCGCAAGGCCGGGCUGCUGUGCGUGUGCCCGCUUUGCGUCACCGCCUCGCAGCUGCACGGGCCCCCCGGGCCGCCCGCGCUGCCUCUGCUCAAGGCAUCCUUCCCGCCCUUCGGCUCGCAGUACUGCCACGCGCCCCUAGGCCGCCAGCACUCGGCCGUGUCGCCCGGGGUCGCUCACGGCCCCGCUGCCGCCGCUGCCGCCGCCGCGCUCUACCAGACCUCCUAUCCGCUGCCCGACCCCCGGCAGUUCCACUGCAUCUCCGUGGACAGCAGCUCCAACCAGCUGCCCAGCAGCAAGAGGAUGCGCACCGCGUUCACCAGCACGCAGCUGCUAGAGCUGGAGCGCGAGUUCGCCUCUAACAUGUACCUGUCCCGCCUGCGCCGCAUUGAGAUCGCCACCUACCUGAAUCUGUCCGAGAAGCAGGUGAAGAUCUGGUUCCAGAACCGCCGGGUGAAGCACAAGAAGGAGGGCAAAGGCAGCAACCACCGCGGCGGCGGCGGGAGCGCGGGCGCGGGCACUGGCGCACCGCAAAGCUGCAAAUGCGCGUCGCUCUCCUCAGCCAAGUGCUCCGAGGAUGACGACGAAUUGCCCAUGUCUCCGUCCUCUUCGGGGAAAGAUGACCGGGAUCUCACGGUCACUCCCUAGGCGC